AGACUUCUCGCAUUAACCACACUCUCUUCUGUGGACUUUCUUCACACACCACUAUCAGAAAACCCAAAAACAAUGCCCUUCACGACGGCAUCCUCCAUGCUCCGCCACCGAAUCUCCUCCGCCCUCAGAACCCGCGGCGGAGCAUCAUCUGGGAGAUGGACAUCGCCGGGACACGAGGAACGACCGAAAGGUUACUUAUUCAAUCGGACCCCACUACCACCUGGACAGCCUCGUAAAUGGGAAGACUGGGAGUUGCCUUGCUACAUCACUAGCUUCUUAACGAUUGUGAUCCUUGGUGUUGGUCUCAAUGCUAAGCCUGAUCUCACUAUUGAAACUUGGGCUCAUCAGAAAGCACUUGAACGACUCGAGACGGAGAAGUUGGGCCUCUCCGGUUCUUCUGAUUCUGAGUGAAAUUGGAGAUCCGGGUAUGCUUGUUUUUUGCGAAACUUUCUUGGGUUUUGUUGGGGUUGUUGAUAAUAAUGUGUACUCAGAUUAAAAGUUUUUUGACCUACUGAUUGAUUGACUGUCUUUUGGAAUUUGCAUAAUUUUAAUGCAAGCUUUUUUUUUUGGUUAA